AUGGAACUGAAUAAUUCGAUCACCGAGAAGAAGAAUUUGCAAGUUGAGAUUUUUCUCAAAUUUGCGUCCAACACGGGCACGGGAGAUGUUGGACGCCGGGUUUUGACAUUCAGCGAUUUUCUUAGAAUGGUAUCAAGUUCAAAAGCACUCUAUUCGAAGUUUACGGACCACUCCUACAACCUGAAUCAAAUCCCAGAUAAGGCAUUCGGCUGCAUUUUUUUUGCCAUUGACGAAAACAACAAGGGUUAUCUUACUCUUAAUGACUGGUUCCACUUUAACAACCUGCUGGAAUGUGACAACUACCACAUGAUCAUUUUAUAUGAGUUUUUCAAGAAAUUCGAUGUUGCCAGACUUCGCGGCGUCCAAAAUUCACGACCCAUAGACACCAAAUCAAUUGAUUUAGCUGACGAUCCGAGAAUCAAACCCGUUAACUACGGAAGUCGAUUUUUAAGUUACGACAGCUUAUUUUUAAAUCUCAACCAAUUCAAGAAAACCAUCAAUUUUCUGCACGAGGCUGUCGGGGACGAAUUCUUAACGGCUAAUCAUCUCCUUCUCAAUUGGGACGACUUUAGAUGGUUGAAGUUUUAUCAAAGUUUUCCUUAUAAUAGAGCUGAGGGCCCGCAUAUCAGUCUCAAUUCUCUGGUGACAAUUUUGCAAAACGAUCUGAAAAAUGAGAAAUUGUACCUUGGAUUUCAGAGGCUCUCCCAUCUCAAUCACAAAAACAACUCUCUUGUUUUGAAUAAAAAUCAGCUGGUAUACUUGCUGAAAAUAUUCUACUCUCACAAGAUAUCAGCAGACGUUUUCAGUUCUUUGAACUUAUCGAAUACCAAACUAAUAAAGUCCGAUAACAACUACAUCAACUACAACGUUUUCAAGGAUGUCUUCUAUUUGUUCCAAAAUUUCGACUUGCUUAAUCAAGUUUUCAUGAGGUAUGCCAAGACCCACAAUUUUGAUGAUCAAGAUCUCAGAGAGUGUGUGAUAUCUAAAGAUGACCUGAAGAAGUUUCUGAGCGUAGAAUAUAACAAGGUGAACAACAUCAUCGAGUUUUCGCCAUCACAGAUUAACCUCCUGUUUUCUAUUGUGGCAAACUCCAAGAGGGGCAGGAUGAUUGAGAAAUAUUUGGAUACCCACCAUGAAGACACAACGAUAGAGCAUUUCAUUCAGACUGAAUUUUGUAAAGGAGGCAACCAACACAAACAGGGCAUGAGAGACUUCAACAAUAACUACCGUGAAGUCAUCAGCGGAAUCUCUGGCGAAUUGGAUAAUGCCAAAAAACGACGCCAGCACACCAAAUCAAGCCUGUUGGAUCGUCUCAUCAAGCGGAAAGAGAACGAGGAGGGGUUUUCGGAGCUUGACCUUACAAUGGACGAUUUCCUAAAGAUUUUAAACCCAAACUACCUAAAUGACCUCGUGCAUCAAUUGGAAAUUCGGCGUAUGCAGAAUGCGUCCCUCCACACCAACUAUUACUUCUUUCCCAUUUUCGAUUCCAUCCAUAAUUUCUUGUUGGGUUCAAUCGCCGGGUGCAUAGGAGCAACCGCCGUAUACCCUAUUGACCUGGUGAAAACUCGAGUGCAAGCUCAGCGAAACUUUUCUCAAUACAAGAAUGCUUUUGAUUGUUUCUAUAAAAUAUUAUCACGCGAAGGAAUCCGUGGUAUCUAUUCAGGUCUAGGACCGCAGCUAGUUGGUGUUUGUCCAGAAAAGGCCAUCAAAUUAACCGUCAAUGACUACGUUCGUAGAAAGCUCAUGGACAGCAACCAACAUUUGUCAUUUGCACUUGAAGUUGUCUCGGGGGCGGCAGCUGGGGCUUGUCAAGUUGUGUUUACCAAUCCACUUGAAGUGGUAAAAAUCCGAUUACAAGUCAAAUCUGAAUACACGGCCCCUCUAAAUGAUGCCAAGGUCAACGCAGUGAGCAUAGUGAAGUCUCUCGGGCUCAAAGGCUUGUAUCGUGGGGUCGGAGCAUGCCUUCUGAGAGAUGUUCCCUUUUCGGCUAUCUAUUUUCCCACUUAUGCCCAUCUAAAGAGAGAUCUUUUCAAUUAUGACCCACAAGACAAAAGUAAGAGACCAAGACUACACACCUGGGAAUUGCUGACAGCAGGUGGUCUGGCAGGUAUGCCUGCAGCUUACUUGACCACACCAUUCGACGUUAUAAAAACAAGGUUACAGAUUGACCCAAGGAAGGGGGAAACUAAGUAUAACGGUAUCCUACAUGCUGCCAAGACGAUUUUUAGAGAAGAAAGUUUCAAGAGUUUCUUUAAAGGAGGCGGCGCGAGAGUACUUCGCAGUUCGCCACAGUUUGGUUUCACUUUGGCCGCUUAUGAGAUAUUUCAAAAUCUGUAUCCACUAAAAGAAAAGAACGAGACCAAGGUCAAUGUGAACAAUGAUACUCCCACACUAACAGGAUCGUUUUCAAAAGCUCUGGCCUCGUUGAAAGAAUCAUCGAAAGAUCACGUUGAGAUUACCGAAUUCUAUGGACCAUCGGUUGAUCCCUACAGCUCAAACUACUUGAACUACUACUACAAAAGUUGUCAAGUAGCCAAAUUAUUUAUAGAUUUGGACUACAAUUUUGCCAAGUUUGACUUUGGGGUAUAUUCCAAGUUUCACAAUUUUAUCAAAGAAGCAGAAUCAAAGCCAAAAUAG